ACAUCACCUCGCCUCUCCCCUCCAUUUCGCUAACCAAACAUAUCCUUAAAAAAAAAUGAAAUAACAAAAUCGGCAUUUUGAGGGACAGCAAACACUCCCAAUUGUGUUACAACUUACAACUGUAGCGUUUAGCAUCGACGAGGUUUGAUGGGAAGUGGAGAUCUAUUUGCUUCCCGGUGAGGUGAGAGCACCACCAACCAAUGGCUACACAAUCGCCAUGGCGAUGUCACUUCAGCUGCGCCCCAACGCCUUGCCUCCAUUCCUCCACGAUUUUCCCACUCUAUGACACAAAACGGCGUCCUACUGUACCAUGGGCUUCCAGUUUCAAAUCUAAAUCUUCUUCUUCUUCUUCAUGUGCCUGUGCUGCUAAUACUUCUUCGAGUAAUGCGAAAAAGAGAUUGAGAAGGAAGUCAGUGGGAUCAAUUACUGUCGGUAAUGAUUCGGACGAUAAUGUUGUUCCUGAUUCUUCACUGAAUGGGAAUUACAGUGUAAUUAAUGGCAAAUUUUCGACAUUCAAAUCGUUGUUUGGGAAGCGAGCUCUGUGGCGAAGAAUAUUGUUCGCCUCGCGAAAAGUGAGGAGCAUCAUUUUGCUCAACGUCAUAACGAUUAUCUAUGCAAGUAACAUCCCAGUUGUCAAAGAAGUGGAAGCUAUUACUGAUCCCAAGGCCUUCACGGUCGUUCGAUUUUGUGUAGCUGCCAUUCCAUUUAUACCCUUCGUGCUCCAGGCCAAGGUCGACGCCCGUACUCGUAAUGCAGGGAUAGAGUUGGGAUUUUGGGUCAGCUUAGGGUACAUAUUGCAAGCCCUCGGGCUCCUCACAUCCGAUGCUGGGCGUGCAUCUUUCCUUUCCAUGUUCACUGUAAUUGUUGUGCCAUUGAUUGAUGGCUUGCUUGGGUCUGCAAUCCCUGCCCGUACCUGGUUUGGAGCUCUUAUGUCCAUUGUUGGGGUUGGUUUGUUGGAGUCCAGUGGGUCCCCUCCGUGUAUUGGGGACUUGUUGAACUUUCUAAGUGCAGUGUCCUUUGGGAUUCAUAUGCUGAGAACCGAACAUAUUUCGAGAAGUACAAAAAGGGAAAAUUUCUUACCGCUCCUCGGGUAUGAGGUUUGUGUCGUUGCCCUUCUGUCAACUGCUUGGUACUUUAUGGAAGGCAGGUUUAGUGGUGGUAUCCAAGAAUCUGAUCCAUUUUCUUGGACAUUUGCAACUGUCUUGGACUCGAUUUCUUCCUUUCCUUGGGUACCUGCACUUUAUACUGGGAUUUUUUCAACGGGCCUGUGCUUAUGGGUAGAGAUGGCGGCAAUGCGUGAUGUAUCCGCCACAGAAACUGCAAUAAUCUAUGGAUUGGAACCAGUAUGGGGUGCUGGAUUUGCUUGGGUUUUACUGGGUGGAAGUUUGACAGUGCAGAUAAUGGGAGCAAGGUCAGAUUCUUCAUCAAGAGAAUGUAAAAGCAUGGAGGUCAAAAGCAAUGAAAUUACGGUUUCAGAUAAGCUAAACAAUUUUUCUGCUUCUCCAGUUGUUGUUGACAAAAGAGAAGAUCCGUGUAACUUAAUGAAAAAGUGACUACAACACACGUUCCUUAAUAACUUAGAAUUCAAACUAAUACUACUGUUGUGUGUAUAUGUGCUUUAUAACGUGGAUGAUUGGUCAAAAUAUGGGUGCUCUGAGAAAGCUCUAGGAGGUGAUUGUUUAUGAAUUCAACUAGUUUUUAUUUGGUUUGUUUGUUAACUAUAGUUAAUUUUGAAAAAAGGUGGUAGGGUUAGUUGUUAGUGGAUAUAUUAAAAUAAUAUUUAAAUAAAAUAAUUAAAGUUGAUUUGAUAUAAAGUAGGAGAAAAAUGAUUGGAAGUGAUAGUUAGUUAAAAUUAUGUGAGUGAAUGGAUAGUGAAUUAAAGAUGAUGUGAUGUAUAAGAAUGAUUGGUUGAUAUUAUUUAACUAGUAU